AGAUGUUCAACACCAUCUCCUACAGCAAGGGUGCUGCAGUUCUGAGGAUGCUUUCUGAGUUCCUGACAGAGCCGGUCUUCGCCAGAGGACUUAGUUCAUACCUGAAUGAGUUUGCCUUCAACAACACAGUGUAUUCAGAUCUCUGGGAUCAUCUUCAGAAAGCAGUCCUCACCACUCCAGGGAUGAGUCUACCUCACACGGUGCAUGACAUCAUGAACCGCUGGAUCCUUCAGAUGGGCUUCCCAGUGGUUACCAUAGAUACGGCCACGGGACACAUUACCCAGAAGCACUUCCUCCUGGACCCUGACUCUGUAGUGGACAGACCCUCUCCAUACAA